GCGUUUCAAUAAUGUCGGCUACGACGACGACGGCAAGUUCAUCAGUGCACUCCCGUAUCACAUGUCUUCCUCUAUCCCAAUCACCGUUUUUACUGGCUUUUUAGGUGCCGGAAAAACCAGCAUUAUACUCGGACUUCUUCCUCAGCUUCCGAGGGAUUACAAAGUCGUGCUCUUGAAGAAUGAAUUUGGAGAUCUCGAGGUUGACAGCAAGCUCGCAAAGGAGAGUAGUCUCACCGCCGUGAGCGAAAUCCUGAACGGAUGCAUGUGAGCAUUAUGAGAAUCCAGCGGAUCGCUGCUGAGGUAUUCGAUGGAGGUGUUGUGUCCUGGUCGGUCAGAUGCAGAAUGCUCUGUUAGAAAUCCGAGGUCUGUGAACUUGAAUUAUUCUGUAUAUCUUAUCUCUGGACCAUUCUACAGAAAACUAUCAUCCAGACCGCAUCUUUGUCGAGUGCUCGUUUGUACCCGACUGCUCAUGGCACUACGCACUUUGAUAAUCUCCUCUCUAGUGGCUCCGCUUUUCCAGCUACACUGGCAUUCCAGAUACGUGAAUUGGAGAAGCAAACCAACGGAGACCUCAAGCUCGAUUCGAUUGUUACCGUUAUAGAUGCUGAAAACUUUGUGGGAUACGAGGACACCUCUCCGACAGCCAGGAUGCAAGCGAGCUAUACCGAUAUAAUAUUGAUUAACAAAUGGGAACACGUUUCCGACCAACAUCUAGAUAUUGUGUUCGAUCAUCUCCAUACACUCAACGACCUCACCCCCAAGAUUCGUUGUAAGGAUCGCAAAGUUGACCCGAACCUUAUCUUCGGAAUAGAGAGCAAACUGUUUAUGGACAACAAGGAGUUUCAAUCACCUACCCAUAAUGACGAAGUUCAAACACUUAGGCUUCGCCGUGGUAGACGUACUCGUUCACAUGCAGAGAACGCUUUUGGCGUGGUCAAUAAACAGAAGUUGGACGACGCCCUGAAAAGUCUCUCAAAAGAGUCGAUCUGGCGAGUAAAAGGCUUUGUCCGACUAGACGAAGAAGACUACAUCUUAAAUUGGGCUUUUGGAAGGUAUGACUUGACCAACUCGGAGAUGUUUGAUAAGGAGUCUGUUAUCGACUUGACGGUUAUGGGUGAACGAGGAGAAGUUCGGAGAGUAAUCCAGCCCUUCUGCAGAAAUCUUGGUCUAGAAAUCGUGUAACGUCCGGUUAUGAUAGAAGCACAACCAAGCCCAACGACUUAGACUGACAUGUGCUGUGCGGC